UUGACCGCAGCGGAUGUCAAAAAUUUUUUCACCGCUUUGCCUCCGGCUAAACAAAUACGGUCGAUUUUAAUUUGUCCAGUGAUUUCGCGAAGUAUUUCGAGAAAAAUGACAAAGAAGUGCGUAGUGCCGGGUUGUAAAUCCACGCAUUUAACCAUAAACUCGCGUUUUUUUCGAUUUCCAUGCUUGAAACCCCGAUUACCAAAAGCUCUGAUCGAAGAACGUUUGAGGUGCUGGAUUUCUGUUCUGGAAUUUCGACAAUUAUUCAACCCUAAAGACAAAUAUAUUUGUAAUUUGCAUUUUGUGUCAGGUAUGCUAUAAAUGAAGAAAUUACAACAGCCGCUGAAAUUUUAAUCAUUUCUUGAUUCAACUUAGGUGCUGCUGCAAACCUCACCGAUAGUUCCAAUGUGGACUGGGUACCAUCAUUGAACCUGCCUCUGCAUAAUUUACAAGCCAUCAACAACUCCACUCAACAGACCAAGGAUAAAAGCACCUCAGAGUCCAGUGUUUGUGAUGCGGCCAUCUUAUCAGAAAGUUCUACUUCCAGAACUAGGUUAGAUGCGAUUUCUGCCUCUAGCACCAACAACAGUGUUGACAUAGUGGAGGACCCAAAAAUAAGAGUUAAGGAAGAGAUACUCUACAAUACAGAUGAUUUGGAAAAAACUGGUCCAUCUACGAUAUCAGAAAAGCAUUGCGCUGCAAAAGUGAGUUCGGGAGAAGGCAGUAGCCGUGUAGGCUCAGUGUCAAGCGUUGUUGAUUGUCCUAUGGUUCAUCCUGUCCAAGAGAAUCGACGUAACGGUCAGGUUUCCAAUAUAAGAGGCAUCAAACGACCGCAUGCAGAUGGUAAAUCCUUUCCCUUAUUUAUUGUAAUUGUAAUUUCUUUUGUUGUAUACUCCUAAACAGUAUAUGUUAAUAGUGACGGCCUUAUGCUGCUGCUAGAAAAAAAUAGAAUGAUCUUCGAAUUGGUCUGCUUACAAGGUAUUUUUAUUUUUCUGUAGCUUCGUAUAAAAAAGGGUCAUCUACACAAACAUCGUUAGGUGAUGACGAUAUUGUGAAGUAUUAUGAGUUUGCUGAAGAUCUCAUGGAGUGUGGGCAUCAAAUUAGAGCGGUGCAUAGUUCCCCUAAACAAAGGAGGAUUAGCGACGAAAAAAUAACAGCUUCAAAUGCAACUGGUGAAAACCAAGAUCCCAACACAAUCGUGCCCGAGAAGCAAGCCUGCGGAAAUUGUAUGCUAAUACCGCACUACCGCCAAGAACUCCAACGACAGUAUGAACGCAUCAAUUACCUCUCUGCGGAAUUGAAUAAGUACCAGAAAGGGUUGGCCUGGCUGAAAGAUGACGAAAAAUGUAACCGAUAUACAGGAAUAAGCUCCUAUGCCGUACUGAAAAAAAUAUAUGGCUUUGUGAAGCCUUAUUUAUUCCAAGCCUCUUGCGAAUUGACUAAAGAAGAAAUAUUCGUGAUGACAUUAAGAAAGCUACGGAGAAACACACCAUUCAUUGAUCUGGCUGAUGAUUACGCUAUAUGUGUGAACACAGCAUCUAAAUAUUUUCAUCGAACUGUAAAAGUUAUGCAUGAUUGUUUACAAUACGUUCUUGAACCUCCGCCAAAGGAAAUAAUCAUACGGCAUACUCCGCAGGCCUUCAAGCGUUACUAUGGGAACAGGAGGGUGUUGGUGAUGGAUUGCUUCGAAGUUCGCACCGAGCGACCUGGUAUCCCAAAAGCAGCAAACGCGCACCAUAGCGCGUAUAAAAUGUCGUCUACAACAAAGUUUUUGAUAGUAAUGGCAGCAGAUGGUAGCGUGGCUUUUGUCUCCAACGCAUACGUGGGACGUUGCUCGGACAGAUUUAUUACUGUAUCGUCAGGAUUCUUAGAACUUAUCGAGCCGGAUGAUGUUAUAUUAGCUGAUAAAGGUUUCGAUAUCGCAGAUCUUAUAGAAUCAAGAGGAGCAACGCUGAAUAUACCCACUUUUCUACGGAAAAACGUUCAAAUGAACCCAUUGAACAUUGAACGUGAUAGACAGAUCACAUCAUUAAGAGUUCACGUGGAAAGAAUGAUUGGACGAAUCAAAGCAAAGUACACUUUUCUAAAUGGGACAAUUCAAGUAAAUUCUCUGAGACGUUCCGAAAAUAACUGUAACACUGUUGAUCUAAUUACACGCCUUGCGUGUAUUUUAUUUUCUUUCAACAAGUCGAUUGUAAGUGAUUGA